CUCCAACAAUUAUUUCCCCUGACACAGUAUAAUAGAGCUAGAGGCUUUUUUGUCUUGUCCUUUCCAACCGCGACUGAACUUGUCGUCACAGCUGCGUUAACCAGCCCAGCGUGGGCUCUGACAGCUAAAAUGGCAGGCAUCGAUCCGACUCUUCCAAUCGUUAAGAACCUGCUGCUGCUUGACUCGGAGGGCAAGCGCAUCGCCGUCAAGUAUUACACGCCAGAGUGGUCCACGGUCGCGAGCCAGGCCAGCUUUGAGAAGGCGCUGUGGAACAAGACCAGCCGGACCAAUGCGCGCGCGGAGGCUGAGAUUAUCAUGUUUGACAACGUCGUGGUCGUGUACAAGUACAUUGGCGACCUGAUGUUCUACGUGACGGGCAGCCUGGAUGAGAACGAGCUGAUUCUCUACACCGUGCUACAAGCGUUCUACGAGUCGGUGACCAUCCUCUUGAGACAACAAGUGGAGAAGAAGACGGUGCUUGAAAACCUGGACCUGGUGCUGCUGGCCAUGGAUGAGAUUGUGGACGGCGGCAUUAUCCUGGAGACGGAGCCGGCCAUGAUUGCCUCGCGGGUAACCAUGCGCGGCGCGGACGGCGAGCAGGCGCCCGUGCCCAUCACGGAGCAGGUGGGGCUGGAGACGGGCCUGGAGACAUUCUCCAAGGCGCUGGCAUCCGCAAAGGAGCACCUGGCGCGCUCGCUGCUCAAGUAAAGCAGCAGCCGUAGCGGCUGCAGGAGCCGGCACGCUGGGGAGUAUGGAGGACUGGAAGGAGCGGAGGAGGCGGAGGCAGCGGCCCAUGUGGCGCAAGGCGAUUCAGGUCAAGGGAGGGUGGAGGAAGGGCUGUGCGAAGCCCGGCGCACGGCCUGAAGCGGCUGCGGCGGCAGCGCCCGCGCCACGAGGAGGAGGGCUGGAAGCGGCGUGGCCGGCUGUGUGUGGCUGCCCGCAGCAGCAGAAAAAGCAGCGCGUGACCUGCUCAUCAGCCCAAUGGCGGUUGGGCGCUUCGCUUGCUCGGGGGACGCCGCACGCCACGCGCGGAAUGAGUCGUGACGCGAGCGUGUGGCGUCGUUCAAAGACGCCCUCCGCGUGGUUGUAUGGACACUCAGGCUGUGGAUGUUGCAUGUAUAUUUGUAAUGGUGUUCUGGGCUAGUGGGCGAGAGGGGUUCAGCAGGGAAAGAGGGAAAGACAUACAAAAAAGCGGGUGCAGGGCGUUAGUGGCGGGGCCGGAGGGCAAGGCGCGGAUGGACGGCCGCGAUGUGGAGCAGGACCGCCGUGCACAGGACGGCGUGUGCUGGGCAGUCGGGCAUGGUGCGAUGACAGUAAUGACCGGACGUUUCAAUGCGAGAAGCGCGCAGGCUGCUGCGCGUGUCGCUGUGUUUUUAGUUCACAAUUGUUUUUGGCAUUCGCCAGGUGCGGGUGACGGAUUGGCGGGCUGCGGCGCCGCUCGCAGCGACACCCCAGAGGCAGCGACCAUUGCACCGCAGCGCGGGCAGAUGGCGGCGGGCCCUGGCGGGCCGGCUCGUGAUGGAACAUGGCAAGGGGCAGGAAAGCGUAGUCCCGAUGUGUGUGGCUCCCACCCGUGCCCACAUAAAUGCGUAGCAAGAAGGGACAAGGCAUUGGUGCGUCGUUCGCGCGCUGUUACUGUACCGACGGUAGCUGGCAGGUUGUGUCGAUGUUUUGCUGACGCGCAUUCCUCACGCUCCGGGCGCCCGGCCAAGGCGAUAGCACCACACAGACUCACCCCUGGCGGGCCGGCUGAUAUGGUGUGAAACAAUCUGAGGC